AGCCUUAAACACAAACUUCCUCGGUUCCAACAAGACCGCAUGUUUCUGUCAUAUUACUGGAUAUCAGGGACAAUGAGUAUAAUGCAAAUGCUGAAUCCAUUCAAAUUUUCCUCACAGGGAAAGAAAGAAGUGACUUCUGUCCAGCACACCUCAUCAGAUACCUCUUUAUCAAUGAGUAAAUCCUCUGGCACUGAGGAAAACGGAGAGGGUAGCACCAAUGAGACUAGACAGGUUGUAAGAGAAGAACCACCUUUACACUGCAUGGAGAAGAGCUCUGAAUCAAGCAGUAAGUCUUCUCUCACUGGCAAAAGUGGAGAGGAUGAACCUACUGAAAGUACACAGAACCCUGGACUAGUUAUGGGACUGAUUCAGAAAGUAAACCCAUUUAAGUCUUCUUCACAGAGCCAGAGUGAUGUUUCCACCAAAAACACAGAUGAGAGCAAGCAGAAUCUUGCUGUGACACAGGAAGUUAAUACACUUAUUUCCAAAAAUCAGGAAGUUAUGCUAGCAUCCACUACCCUCACUGAACCUGGCUCUCCCAAGGUGCUUGGCUUUGAAUGGGACCAUUUCAAGAAGGACUCUGUUGAGAUUCCUACUGUAGCAGAAGUGCCAAUACCUGGUGAUGGUAGCCCACUGCAGAGUGAUGAUGAAGAUAGUUUGUUGGAGUGGUGGGAAGCUGUGGAAGGAUGGAGUGAAUGGAAUGAGUCAACAAACUUUGAUGAAGAAGAUGCAGAGCAAGCAAUAGAAGCAGCUGCUGACCGUGUCUUCAUGGCUGCCCGUUUGUUUCUUUAUUUGUUUAAUCAGCGGGAGGUGUUGUUGCAUCAGCGUGUUCAUGAACUACUAGCAUUGGCUGAUGCAGCGGACAGCUUCCAUAAGAAAACGGUGACGGCCAGCAUUGGGGGAGGGGUGGCCAGUGUAGCUGGCAGCAUCACCACCAUCACCGGCCUCGUGCUGGCCCCAUUUACUCUCGGAACAUCAUUAAUUGUAACUGCAGUGGGAGUGGGCAUAGCCACGGCGGGGGGCUUAACGUCAGCCUCUGCGAACAUUACGGACACGAUGCACUCGAGGACUGACAGGGCAAAAGUGGAGCAGAUUAUCCUUAGCUACCAAGAGGAGAUCAAAGACAUUAAGGAAUGUCUUCACUUUCUGCAGGCAGGUAUGGAGACUCUGGAGGAGUGGAACUUUGAGCAGUAUGUGGAUAGCAUCUCCAAACGUGCCAUGAACCGGAGCGUAAAGCACGUGAUGAAGGAGGGUGGCCGGGCAGGAAAGGCACUCCUUGUGAAUGCAGAGAGCCUCAUCAGCACUGUGCAGGUGCUUGGUGCGGCCGGUGGAGCAGCCAAGGCUGCGCAGGCCAUCACUGUCGCCAGCGGGGUGAUGUCCGGCCUCUUCUUGGCUCUAGAUGUCUUCUUCCUGGCCAAGGACUCGAUGGAACUACGCAAGGGGGCCAAGACAGAGUUUGCUGUCAAAAUCAGGGAGGUGUGCAGAGAGCUGAAGGAUGGGCUUCAUGAACUAAAUAAGAUCAAAGAGCAGCUGCAGAGGAUCAUGGACGAUACUGAGGACGUUGAGGAGAAGGAGGAGGAGGAUGAGGAGGAGGAAGAAGCAGAAGAAGAAGAGGAAGAGUCUGAGGAGACACAAAGAGAGAUUCCUUUCACACAAAGCAGUAUGCAAAGCUAAGAUCUAUAUACAGGAUUCAUACAUAUGAAUAUCUUCCAUGGUCAUGCUGUGGUAUACUUUGAGUUGGAAAAGACUUGAUUCAGAGGCAAAGGCUUUAUAUAAUUUUAGCUUUAUUUUUACUAAAUGUAAUGUCCUAUAAUGUGUGUUUGAAAGAGUAUAGGGGAGUCUAUGUGGGGCUAUGUUCCUGAUAGCCAUGCAGCACUCCAGUUUAUAUCUGUAUUAUGAACAUGUUAAACUGUUGUACUGGAAAUGCCAUUAGUCUGCUGUAUUUCAACCCAAAGCACUUUAAAUGAUUUUAAAUGUUACUUUCCUUUCACUUUUAUGAUUAAGGGUGUUCAUAUGUGAAAUGUUAAAAUGCUGUACCAAGAUUUUAUAAAACGUGGUAAUGGAAGAGAGAUUGACAAGGCAUACAUGUUUAUGGCUUUGAGCUGCUUAUUCUCUUUCAAUUGACUCUGGAGUCCUUACCCUAUGGAGAUACUUGAAUUCUAAACUAGUCAUUAUAAGCUUAUUGCCAAAAAAAUCUAGCAGACCUUUCUUUGUUAAUCGGGUCUUUGUCAUAAUUCAUUAUUUUUAAACUUGGGGUAGAGGAAGGCUCCUGUCCACUCCAUCAACUUCUUCCUCUUCACUAUAGUCACUAGCUUGGGGGAAAAAAAACAAAACAUGAAAGCCAUAAACAUGCACACCCUGCUAGUCUCUGGAAGGACUGAAGUACUGCACAGAGGCACUAAUUAUGGAAGCACAAGGUCAAACACUAAGCACUAGAUAGACUGAAGAAGUGGUGUAUCACACCAGAGAAGACCCAAGAUGCAGACUGUACAAAGGAGCCUCUGAGACAAUCCAGCAUCUACUAGCAUGACAAGUUGCUUACAUUGAAAGUAUACUCUGAGAGACAUAACCAAGAGGCAGGGAUCAUAUAAAGGAAUAUAUACAAGGCAUAUUAACUGGAUAACCCCAAGUACAAAUGGGACAAACCACAGAAAGUGGUGGAGAACAAGAAGACCAAUAUCCUGUGGGACCUCCAGAUUCAGACACAUAAACAAGUAGUGGCAAACCAACCGUAUGUAAUGAUAGUAGAUGCAGAAAACAGCAGUAGUAAUAGAUGUGGCAGUCUCAACUGAUGGAAAUAUCAAAAGGAAGGAAUAUGAGAAAUUGGAAAAAUACCAGGGACUGAAAGAAGAAAUUGUGGGAAUUUGAAAGGUUAACACCAAGGUUGUCCCAGUAGUGAAAGGGACACUUGGGACUGUGGCAUUUAAAAUGGAGGAGUGCCUCCAUCCACUCGGUUAAUUAUUCUUUAUUUUGGCCACCCUAUACUAUAAUUACACAGUAUACCUUGUGCUUGUGCGUGUGUGUGUUAUUAGUUGCUACCUUUACUUGAGGUCAUUCACUCUGUCAAUCGAUCUUCUGUAGUAGACAAGGACUGGUAAAUAUUCCUAUUCAACUGGUUCAAUUUAACUACCAAUGGGAAUGUAAGACUGUAUUAAUAAUAUCACAAGUCACAAUCUGUAACCCAUUCUGAUUGGUUGAUGAUUUUUAAUGGUACUGUUGCACCAAAAUUCCAGGAGCAAGGAGAAGGAAAUCCAAACAUAUGAAAUGUUUGGUACAGUUGCAAGAUAAAUUGUAUGUGCUCACUUUUGUAUGAGCUCACUGCUCACAGUCUUGGGUAAUUAACAGUAAGUGGACUCAACCACUCAGUAAGCCAAGGCAUGGGAAAAGUGACUCCGAUUUUUAAAAAUAUGAGUAGUAAGCUCAGGUGAUAAUUGAUCAUUUUCAUUUGUGGAAUUCUAUAUUUAAAUAAUUAUCACUAUUAAAAAUCAGUUUUGGGACUCCA